UGGCACGAGGCCCAUAUUAACCCAAUAUAAAUACAAAGAGAUUUAGGUUUUCUGCACCUCCUCUCUGCUUUAAUAUCAGCGGCUGUAUCAUCUUCUCAUCUCUCUCAGCUCCCCCUCUCAGCGAAAAAAUGACUCUAUCAAACGAUAUUGAUUUGUUGCACCCACCUGCUGAUGUUGAGAAAAGGAAGCACAAGCUCAAGCGCCUUGUUCAGACCCCCAAUUCAUUCUUCAUGGAUGUGAAAUGUCAAGGCUGCUUUAACAUUACUACUGUGUUUAGCCACUCCCAAACUGUUGUGGUUUGUGGAAACUGUCAGACAGUGUUGUGUCAGCCUACCGGAGGCCGUGCUCGGCUCACAGAGGGAUCCUCUUUCAGGAGGAAGAGUGAUUGAUGGGUAGUGGUUUGAAUUAAUUGGUGCUGGCUCGUUUGGUUAGUUCUUAUGGGAAACAUGUUUUCUUUCUGUUUGGUUCUUAUGUAAUUUUCUAUUUUGCGUAACUUGUUGUGGAGCAUAGCUUAAUUAUGUUUGGAGUAGACAGGCUUUACUGGAAAAUUUGAAUGGAAUUUUGACCUACAAUAUAACCUGCCUUUUAUAUUCAAGUGUUUUGAUUUA